CAUCAUCUCCGCAGUUUCCACUACGCACCACAACAACUACAUGCUCUCUGUCUUCAAUCUUCCGGUCCUCUCUGGCUUUCUCGAAGCCUAACAGGUUACUCGCGGAACUUUAGAGCACCUUGCGCACCCCUCCGCUGCAGUUCGCGUUUGCUGCAUCUACUCUCCCCGCAUCGCACCCAAUCACCAUCUUGCGACCGACCAACACUCUCGCGCAACGCGGACCACACACUCUACAUGGAUAUUAAGUCCACAAGAUUGAUAUAAGAUUACCUGGAUGAAUCAAUACAGGCAGAAAUAUUCCCUUGCACAAUCUGGAGAGCUGGCUCAUCGCAAAUCCAUACCACCAUCGAAAUUGAUGGUCGGCCAUGACUUCUCCCAAGAGUUCAAGGACCAGCCUGCUCUGGAUCCUCAUGGCGAUGCCAGACAGCUGGUCCGUCUGGUGCAGUGCCGCUCUUGCUCAAAACCUCUCAGUGCCCCGGUAACUCUGCCAUGCGGUCACACGACAUGUCGAGCCUGUCUUGCUCCCACUCGCCCCCGCGACAACAUCUCUUACCCGAACACGCCGGAUCGACAAUAUGGCAUCACCUGCAAGAUCUGCGACGAGGAAUACCCCACGGUGGAAUGUAGCGCGGACGUUACCCUGACCAAAGUCAUGGAGGUGGUCAAGCAGACGAUAGCGCGUGUCCAAGAUACGCCAGAAGCACCCGUGUGUGUUCUAGAGGAGAUCCCCGUAUCCGAGGAUGACGUACACGAUUCGAAUGACGAGAAGGAGUUGACUUCUUAUCAAGGUCACCGCAAGGAAUUUCGUGGCGGCCGAUUGCAUGCGACCUUCCAGAUGGCUUCAGAUGGGGAACUACGCUACAAUUCAGAUGUACAAUAUCGUGCAUCGCCAUCAGAUGCUCAGAUUCAUGCACAUCUAGAUGCGGAGCUGUUCAACGGACUUCGUGAAGCGGCGCAUAGUGAGCUGGACUGUCUUGUCUGUUACAACAUGAUGCUCGACCCCACCACGCUCCCAUGUGGACACACGUUCUGCCGACACUGUCUAGUUCGGGUCAUGGAUCAUAGUAGUAUAUGUCCUAUCUGUCGAGCAGGCAUUCAUAUCCCUCCUAUUGCUAUCCAGAACUAUCCAAGCAAUGGUCGGCUCGUUGCUCUCCUUAAGAGCUUGUCUCCAGAACAUGUACAGGCACGCGUGGAAGCUUUGGAAUCCGAAGAAGACAACAGCGAAGGUGCCCUCAGCACUCCGUUGUUUGUCUGCACCUUAUCUCUCCCGAACACGCCCACCUUUCUGCACAUCUUUGAGCCGCGGUACCGCUUGAUGAUGCGCCGCUGCAUGGAAGGCAAUCGGCGAUUUGGGAUGGUCAUGUACAACCGUUCCUCCGCCCCACAAGGUGACCUUGGCCCAACGUCCUUCCUCCAAUACGGAACGAUGCUCGAGAUCAUUAAUCUCGAGCUUCUUCCCGAUGGUCGAAGCUUUGUCGAGACACGCGGUGUUAGCCGUUUCCGCAUCAAAGCGUACGGCCAGCUUGAUGGAUACUAUGUGGGCAAUGUCGAGCGGGUCGACGAUGUUCCUAUCAUUGAGGAAGAGCAGCUAGAACGACAAGAGGUUCUCGAAGCUCAGGCUUGGGCAGAUGCCUAUGUUCUGGAGAACCCACAGGAUCCUCGGACACCUGAGAACUUUCCGGGCUUGCUUUCAACUGACGAACUGUUUCGCCGAUGCAUCGGUUUCGUCGAACAAAUGAGUCAAAGGAGCGCCCCAUGGUUAAGCUCCCGCAUCGUUAACGUAUACGGACCACCUCCGGACAACCACAAGACAUUCCCUUUUUGGUUUGCGUCCGUGUUACCAAUCGCGGAAGAAGAGAAGUAUCGACUUUUGGCUACGACCAGAGUCAGAGAACGGCUGCUAAUCGUCUAUUCGUGGAUCAAGAGGAUAGAAGGCCAGAGAUGGCCUUCUGGGAACUCUUGCAGCAUCCUGUGACUCGUAGUAGCCAUUUUGGCCAUAUACAUCUCGACCGUCAGUAGUCGACAGCCUUCAGUAUCUGUCUAGUCUUCACAUUUCAGGGUCAUCUUGGGCCCAGUCCUCCAGCCUCCACUAUUUUUCCACACCAGCGGCUCCAAGUUGUAGAG